UUAUGAGGUUUACAGUAUUUUUGCUAAACUACUGGAGAGGAGGGUCAAUGUAAUUUACUUCUAUCUAUAUAUUGUGUCAAAGAGUAGCAUUUGGUUGUUUUCAAAAAUCAAAAGCAAACCAAAGAUGGCUACAAUGCUGACUGGAGUAGAGAUGUAUAGGAGGAGGAGGACUCAUUCUCAACAACACCUUCAUGAUCAUGAUGAUCACACUCCUUCAUAUACAUCCAUUCUCGAUCCACCGAUGAUGACAACCACCUCCACCAUAGAUGAAGCUGCGGUAAAAGCUCGCCAACGGCUCGAAGAGAGGCUUGGCUAUUUCCGUCAUUCAAGGCCGAAUAGAGUUCAAGCAAAUGAAGGUAGAGGCAUAAGGGAUAAUCAUAAUAACAAUGAUCAAUUGGUUUCAAGAUUACUAGGAAGACAACGGGACUUCCACUACUUCCAUUUCCGUAUCCACAACAACAACACUAAAUUAAAAGACCAGCUUUGUGUUAUAUGCUUGGAAGAUUUUCAUGAAGAGAGACAAGUCAUGGAACUCUUAUGCUCCCACAAGUACCACUCCAAAUGCCUUCUUCCAUGGCUCGCGGAUCACCCCAAUUGCCCCAGCUGUCGAACCCCUGUUCAGUAAUGAGAUUCACUUUUUUUUUUUUUUUGAGUGUGUGUCAUUUAAAGAUAGCCUUUAGUGCUGAGGACA